UUUUCAAUAUGUUUCAAGAUCACGUGAUUGUCGUUGAUGAUACAACUAUUUCUUCUAUUUCUUCAUCACACAAUGAUAAAUCGAUAUCUAAAGUGGCAAUUUCACCACAAUCGAAAUAUGUUUUAACAUAUAGUCAAGAAGAUAAUUCCUUUGUCGGAUGGCUUGUCAAUACCCGUACAGAACCUUUCGAUCUUAAUUUAGAUACAGAUACCAAUCCAUAUAAAUGUGAAGACAUUAAUGAUUUCAAGGUCUCUGAUAAAAAGAUAAUUUUGUAUGAUAAUACUGAUGCUGGUCUAGCAAAAUUCCAUGAUUUGAAAAAUAACAAAGAUUUUAAAAUUGAAGAUGAACGUUGUGAUUACAGUCAUACGAAUUUUCUUGAAGAUGGGAAUAUAGUAACAUUUCAGAGCAAUAGCAGCGCUUUAAUAAAUCCUGCAGUUUUGAUUUAUGAAUAUACAAAAAAAAAAAAUUUGGCUCGCAAGGCUUUUUAUCUUUUUAAUGAAAAAGAUAUAAGAUUUGGAGGUUUUAAAAGCGAUAGGAUUUGGAUGAUGUCAUAUGGUUUAAUUUUUCUAUUAGAUUUAACUACUUUCCAACUUCAGAAAUUUUCGCUUUUUGAAAAUAAUCUAAAUAUUGAUCAAGUGAUAUUCAAAUUUUCAAAAAAGUUUAUUAUUAUGAAAAUAGUUGAUGAGCAUUAUAUAUAUUCCAAUAAUAUAGACCACAUAAAUUUUCCAAUUGGAAAUAUUAAUGAUCCAAAUUGUCAAGAAUUCGAAUUCGCCGGCAAUAAUGAUGAAUUCAUGAUUACAUUAUAUAAUCAAACUAUUAAUAUUUAUUUUUGGAAAUCAAAUCUAAAAGGUUCAAUUAGUUGCAAUAAAUUAGUAGAAUUUGGAGAUCUCGAGAAAAGUAUUCAUAUCGAUUUUAAGGACAAAUGCAUUUUUAUAGUAUCACCAGAUAAACCUUAUAUUUAUAAUUUAGCAAAUCAUGAUUGGAGAAAAUCCAUAUUUGAUGAUAAUAUGAAUGAUUAUAUUAACAAUGAUGAGAAUAUAUAUAUAGAUCAAAAAUAUAUUUCAAUCCAAGAUAAAAUGAAUGAUGUUGAUGUUAUGUAUUUAAAGGAUGAAACCAUUAGAAAAACUUUACAUGAUGUUAUAUUCAAAUAUUAUGAUAAAUGCGAAUUAGAUAUGAAAUGCAUUGCUGAUCCGACAGAAAAGGAAUCAAAAAUGCCAUUGAUAAAUGAUUUAUUAAAUACAAAAUAUUAUUUUGUAUUAUAUGGAGAAAAAAUAUUAAAAUCGGCGAUUAAACAAAAUAAUAUUCAUUUAAUAAGCAUAAUUUUUGACAAAACUUUUGGACAUUUUAAAGAAAACCCGAAAAGUAACUUUUGCAUAUUAUCAAUAGUUGGCAAUAAUAUUCUAUACUUAAAGGACAAAUAUUACGAAUAUGUUUUAAAAUAUUAUGAUGAAACAAAUUUAAUAUUAGACCCUUUAAAUCAAGAGAUUAUUUAUACAAAAGUUGAUCAUCAUUAUUCUCUCUGCAAACAAUUAGAAAUAAGACCUUAUAUACCUUAUCAUUAUGAAGAAUAUAAAGAAAUAAUUAUGUUUUGGACAAUUCCAAUUCUCCUGGAAUUAUUUGAUUUAGCUUUACAUGUACUUUCGACGUCAAUGGACUUAACUUUUGCCCACGCGUUUAUGAUUUUAUUAGAACCCACUCCUCCGAUUUUUGCAGAUACUUUAGAUAAAUUUACCGAUCCAAGUAAUUUAACAGAUCCAAAUAAUCCUUGGCGUCUUACAGAAAAAUAUUAUGAAGUUUCGAAUGGGAAUAUUAUUUCAACCAUAUAUAAAGUGCCCGAUGAAAAUACCAAUUUAUUUUCAGAUUAUGCUAAUUCUCUUUUAGCAAUGAGUAUUUUCCUAACAGGUAUAACAGACGACGUUGGAAAACAUGGUUUCCAGAAACAAUGUAAUUAUAACUUUUCUUCUUGA